AUGACUGAGAAAUUUGUACUUCCUGGUAUUCAAGAAAUUAAUACCCCCACCAGCCCCAUCUCUGUAGAAGAGCUUGAGAUUCUUCGCCACCAGUAUUACUCCGAGGGUCAGUUUGUGAGUUUACAAACACGCUUCAAUUACGCAUGGGGUCUUGUGCGUUCACAGACUGUUUCCGACCAGCAGUUCGGUGUUAAGUUACUUACUGAUCUCUUUAAAGAUUCCCCAGAACGUCGCCGUGAGGUCCUUUACUAUCUCUCAAUCGGUAACUACAAGCUCCAAGAGUAUUCUAAAGCCCGCAAGUACGCUGACAUUUUAUUGGAGAUUGAACCAGAUAACCGCCAAGCAGCUCAGCUUAGACAAGUCAUUGAAGAUAGACUUGCAAAGGAAGGUCUUAUUGGUGUCGCAAUCACAUCGGGUGUCAUUGCUGCUGCUGCUGCCGCAAUUACUUUCUUUGCAAAGUACCACAAUACUCGGCGAUGA